AUGUCCAUUACAGAGGAAGUGCUCGAGACCACAAUUCUCGGUCGCGCGAUCAACGAGGCGUCCGACAAGACAAUCCGCGCGAUCCUCAAAUCUGUGUGCGCAAAAAGCGACGAGGCCCGCAGAGAAGCAGAGAGUCAACUGUUAGUGAUGCCUACCGAUGCCAAGGAGGGACCUCUCGGUAAAAAGAGCCCGGUACCACGCUACGCCUUUUGUGUUGGAUGCGCGAAAGAAUUCGAUGUCAUGGCCAAUACGAAGACGAGCUGCCGUUAUCAUCCAGAACGAAGUGAGCCUACUGGCGAAGAUCUUUACAUUGACAACUAUGAGGAAUUUGAUGUGGACACCGAUGACAUGCGUGAGGAGUUCCCAGAGUGCUUUACUUUCCAGUAUUGUGAUGGAAAUCUCGAAGAUAACCCCGAUGGGUGUGUAAUUGACUUCCAUAAAGAGCAAUAUACAGGCACCAAGUCGUCAAAACGCGCGAGAGCCUUUUGA